UCAAUCAAUAAUACAAUUCCAUCCAGCGAAAAGACGACGCCCGAUUAUUUUACUUACUACACGAUUUCACUAUUUAUCGAUUCUCAAGAUUCGCCGAAGUCCCUCAAAAAUGGCGGAGGCGUACGAUUCCGAUGACCGGAAUGCCACCGGGCCGGUUGAGGAAGAAGAUGCAUCCAGUCACCAAUCCAAAGGAGUGCGUGUUGAGGAUCACACCGUUUAUGAACCUCUUCGCCGUCUGAUCGUCGAGAUUUUCUUUCCCGAUGAAACUAAGGGUUCUUCUUUGUUUCAACGCGUCAAGGUCUCCGUCGCUGAGAAUGGCCCUGCCGUUGGACAAGCUUGCAGAAACUUUGGUCGCGAUGUUCUUUGUUGGACUCGCAGGGGCAGUCCUCUUCGAGCGCUGCUUGUCAUCUCCGUUGGGACAAUUGUUCUUCUUGCAUUGACGGGAUCACUCAUCUUUCUGCUAUUCUUUCUGGCAGCUACUCUCAAUGCCAUUAUUAUCUCUCUUCUCGUAUCCUUGGCAGCAGUUGGAGGCUUCUUGGCUCUUUUCUUUGCUUGCGUAACAGCUAUAUACAUUGGAGCAUUAGCAGUUGCUUUGUUUGUUAUAUCUACUGCAACAAUCUCAGCAAUUGUUGGAGUGGUGAUCGCUGCAGGUUGGGUUGGGUUCUUUUGUGUGGUUUGGCUAGCAGUACGAAAAAGUUUUGGUCUUGCGAAGCGAUCGGUGACCGCGAGCAAUUCAGCAAUUUCAGCAUUUUCUUAUGCUAGGCGUGCCCACAAAGACUAGGUAAUGUUUCCAGAUCCUUUAAAUGAAUGCCAUGAAUUGGGAUACGUUAUUGCUUCACUCGUUUUUUCUCCUUCCUGAGAGUUACUUUUGGAAGAUCUGCUGCAUAUGUUGUAUCGAGUUUUCGAAGGCCUUGAUAGUGUAAUCUCAUAAUGUAAAUAUUCUUUUAAAAGUAUUCUACUUUAUGGGUUUCUUUAUUGGCAAUGAAAGUACCAAGCAUUGAAGAUGGCGCUUCAAAGGAAUAUAAUCACAAUAACAGUAAUUGUGAAGAUUUCAAAGGAUUAAAAUUUAAGGUGUCCAAUUAGGGAAUUUCUGACCUAAUGACUCUAUAUUGAUGAAGUUUGAGGUUGGAAA